CUUGUCAUCCCUGGGUCAGACACCUGGGUAGGGAGGCUGCCUUCUGCCUUCAUUACACAUGGUAUCAGAUGUGGGAUGGGGGUGAGAUCAUUAGGAGUGUGACAGGUUGAUGAACCUGGUGUUGACGAGAAGGUGGAGCCCGGUGCGAGGAUGACAGCCCCCUGAUGAACAUGAGUUCACGUUCAUGAAAACCAGAAAGUGCAUCAGUUUAAAGGCCAUGGCUGAAGUGCAGAUUCGUUGCUAUGAGGCUCACGAUGCAGAGGAUGUAAAGGACAUCUUCAUUCUAGGUAUGAGUGAGCAGGUGCCCGCCACCUGCCUGCAUGUACUGAAGCUGCCGCAUACCCAGGUGUUGUUGGUGUGUAUGCUCUGCGAUUUGGCCAUCUCCAAAUCUUUGCUGCCCAUUCUGGUUGUCACUUUACUCCUGGCUGCAAGCUGGAAGGGAAUCAGCUGUAGAUUCUCCAGGUUCAUCCAGACUUCUGUGAACAAGGACUUAAACCACAUCCAGCAGACCUACCUGGAGAUGCCCAAUGCCUGCUUCUGGGUGGCAGAGAAUCAGGGUCAGGUGGUGGGCCUGGUGGCCUGUCUCCCUGCAGAGUGGGACAAGUCCUCCUUGGAGUUGAAAUGGAUGUCUGUAAAGCGCUCCCAUAGACGGCAGGGCAUCGCCAAAGACCUGUGUCUCACUUUGGCAGACUUUGCCCAGGAACAGGGCUAUCUGGCUGUGGUGCUCUACACCUCAGUUGUCCAGACUGGUGCUCAAAAGCUCUGAGUCUGUGGGUUUCAAGAAGGUCAGAGAGUUUAUCCCAAGGCUGGUUCCCAAGCUCAUCAGCUUCACAUUGCUUAAGUACAGGCUCAACCUGCAGCAGUCAGAAAACUGAAUAAUAUGUUCCACUUUUCUAAAGAAUUGUAUCAGUCCAUAAUGUUUUAGCAUUUACCUAGCCUAUUGUGAUGUGUUGUUCAAUGGGUACCUGAAAUAUAAUAGAGAAGCUACAGGUUUUUCAGAUCACUACAGCCAAAAAUAUUA